GCCCCGUCGCCGUGUGUUUGAAAGCUGUUCACAGGGUGACAACGGUGGCCUCGGCGCGCUAUGGAGCCGAGGCUAGUGAAGCCGCCCGGGCAGGAUUUGGUAGUGGAACGUCUCAAAAGCCGCUACGGACUAGGAGGUAGCCGCUUCGCCGAGUAUGAUUUUUCAAGUUUUGAUCAGGCUAAAUGGAAGAGAAGAUUGCUAACCUCCCCAGAUGAUUUGGAUAUCUUCUCAUCUGGAGAUAAAGUGGGUUCAUCAUUAAGAUGUUAUUCUGAUGAAAGAAAGCAUUGCACAACACCACUUUGUAGUUCAUUCAAACACUUAAAUGUGAAUUGCCUAGAUGAUGAACUGGAUUCUUUUCAAGAUUUGAAGCAACAAGAAAAAACAGAAGAGUUAAUUGAGAAUGAUCAUAGAAUUAGUACCUCCAAAAUAACCAAACAGUCUUUUAAAGACAUAGAAAAAGUUGCCCAGCCAACUAAUGUGACAUCAAAUUUAAGAAAUUGGACUGAAUGUUGUAGUAAUGCAAGUGACUCCCCUCUGAGACGUAUCAGCUGUUCGACAUCUAAAGCACCAAACAAGCAGAGAAUACUUCCACAUCAGAUUAAUCAGAUCUAUGAUGAAUUGUUUCAAAUACAUCAGAAACUGCGGUGUGAAACUGCGGCACAACAGGAGUUUGCUGAAGAACUUCAAAAGCGGGAACGUUUUUUAGUUGAAAGAGAACAACUACUUUUCAGACAUGAAACUGCUUUGAGUAAAAUUAAAGGUGUCGAAGAAGAGGUUCUUACAAGAUUUCAGAUUAUAAAGGAGCAACACAAUGCAGAAAUUGAGCACUUAACUGAAGUUCUUAAGGAAAGAAAUAAAGAAAGCAAGAGGCUAAGGUCCUCUUUCGAUGCAUUGAAAGAAUUGAAUGAUAACUUAAAAAAGCAGUUAAAUGAAGUAAGUGAAGAAAACAAGAAGAUGGAGAUUCAGGCUAAGAGAGUUCAAGCUCGUUUAGAUAAUUUACAGAGGAAGUAUGAGUUUAUGACAAUACAGAGAUUGAAAGGAAAUUCGCAUGCUGCUAAUGAAAUGAAAAGUUUAAAACAAGAUAAAGUACCAGUCUCAAAAACUCACAAGGUACCACUUAAUGCACAAGUAUAUGAACUUUUAACUGUCUUCAUGGACUGGAUUUCAGAUCAUCACCUUAGUAAAAUAAAAAGUGAAGAAUCUGGAAUGGAUGGUGAAAAGCCGCUACUCAAAUUUGCUUCUCAGAGAAAUGAUAUUCAGGGGAAGUGUAUAAAGCUUUUGCCUGUGAUGACAGAGCAGCUACAGUGGAUGCCAUUUGUGAAUACGAAACUUCAUGAGCCUUUUGUAAAAUUUAUAUAUUGGUCUCUAAGACAGCUAGAUGCAGGAACACAGCAUUCAACCAUGACAUCAACAUUGAGGAGAUUGGGUGAAGACAUAUUCAAAGGAGUAGUAACAAAGGGAAUUCAAGAUAAUUCUUUAGAACAUUCAGUGGACAAUAAACCAAAGACAGCUGCUUUCUUUAAGAGCUCCAAUUUACCACUGAGAUUUUUAUCAACUUUAAUUGUUCUCAAAACAGUCACUCAAGCUGACUACCUGGCUCAGGCAUUUGAUUCUCUCUGUUUGGACUUGAAGACAGAUGAAGGAAAAGUCUUGUUUUUGGAGUAUCAAGCUCUUCCAGUAAUACUAAAUCAUCUCCGAAUAUCCAGUAAAGGACUCCUCUCUAAUGUCAUUGAUAGUUUGCUUCAGAUGACAGUGGAAUCUAGAGUAAUAAGAAGCUCUUUGAACUUUUUACUAUUCAUCUGAUGCUUCAAGAAUUACAAAGGACAACACAUCCAGAGCAUGCCUUUCUCUGUAUUAACCUAAAUUCAACUCUUUUCAAUUUGGGUUUGACAAAAUGCAACUCCUUGACCUCCAAUGCAAGCCAUUAGACUGGCUUAUUAUUAUUUUAUAAUAAUAAUGUGUGUUGCUUAUUUGUAAGAUUGUAAAAAUUACCAAAGUAACUAAAAACCCACCAAGUAAAGUUAUCAGUAGCAUCAUUUAUCAUGAAAAGUAGAUUUUGUUUUAACUUUUAAGAUGAAAUCUAUAGAAGCUGUGGAAUUUUUGGACUGUUUCAGUUCAACUAAGGUAGUACUUACUAAUGUACAAGACGAAAUUUCCAGAAUUAAUGACAGUGGGGUUACUUUUUGUAAGAGUGUUUUAGGGAAAUUUUUUAAAUUAUGUGAUUAUUUGGAAUAAAAUUGGUGUUUGUGUG